AACUACUCACAGGGAAAGAAACUCUUAAAGCUCCAGUGCACAAGCAGAGAAAGAGAGAGAGCUAUCUUACCAGGCAAUGGAGGGCUUCAGCCAGGAGCAUGUCAUUGGAAUUCCUCUGGCUUCCUUCGCAUAUGCUGAGGAGAAAAUAGAAAGGAAAACUUCCCGGUCUUCUUUGGUUCAUAAGAAGGGCAAAAAGAAUUCCAUCAUUUAUCGGAUGAGCAAACUGAGCCAGAAAACAGAUAGUUAUGUGCAGGGUUUCAAAGAACACAUAACUCUGGGACCAAAGAUUUCAGACACACUCAAAGGGAAAUUGAGUUUAGGUGCAAAGGUUCUCCAAGCUGGUAGCAUCGACAAAGUGUUCAGGCAAUACUUUCAAGUCGACAAAGAUGAGAAGCUAUUGAAGGCUUUCCAGUGCUAUCUUUCAACCACAGCUGGCCCUAUAGCUGGCAUGCUUUUCAUCUCCACUGAAAAGAUUGCCUUCCACAGUGAUAGGCCUUUGGAUUUGACAUCACCAAAAGGAGGCAUAACAAGGGUGCCCUACAAGGUCUUGAUCCCAGCAAAGAGGAUAAAGAGUGCUGCAGUGAGAGAAAAUUUGUACAAUCCUGACGAGAAGUACAUCGAUGUAGUUACUGUUGACGGCUUUGAUUUUUGGUUUAUGGGGUUCAUCAGCCACACAAAAUCAUUUGAAUAUCUUCAGCGUGUAAUUUCAGAAUUUAGAUGAUACACCCAGUUCUGUAAUUGAAACAUACUGCAUACCAUGUUGAUAUGGUAUAUGUACAUUGAAAAUAUACAAUUGAACAAGGAAAA